GCAACCUAUAACCCUUGAGGGUCGCCUCCUCCAAGGCUACUUGCCGGCUGGUGAUGUGACUGAGAGAGGGCCCUGAUCCGGGCAGAGAAAGAGGCGAAACUCAAGAGCAACACCGGCCGCUUUGUGCAACGAUGCUGAUGAUGCCCACUUUUAGCAGAAGCGUUCUUCGGCUGGCGGGGGCCACGCUGCGGCUCCAGGUGUUCAGCUCCCCCCAGAACAGAAGCUGCUACUCUGGAGACGCCCACCCUUCCCCCACUAAAGCCACGGCGGUGAAGAAGAGGGGCUAUGACAUCACCAGGAACCCCCAUCUCAACAAGGGAAUGGCCUUUACCCUCGAAGAGAGGCUGCAGCUGGGAAUCCAUGGCCUGCUCCCUCCUUGCUUCCUGAGCCAAGACGUUCAAGUUCUCCGCGUCCUCAAAAGCUACGAGACCAAAUCCAGCGACCUAGACAAGUAUAUCAUCCUUAUGACGCUCCAAGAUCGAAAUGAGAAGCUGUUCUACCGGGUCCUCACAUCGGACAUAGAAAGAUUCAUGCCUAUAGUAUACACUCCCACCGUCGGCUUGGCCUGUCAGCAGUAUGGGCUGGCUUUCAGAAGGCCUCGGGGGCUGUUCAUUACCAUUCACGAUAAAGGACAUAUUGCAACGAUGCUGGACUCAUGGCCUGAAGAAAACAUAAAGGCCAUCGUGGUGACAGACGGAGAGAGGAUUCUGGGUCUGGGGGAUCUGGGAAGCUACGGCAUGGGAAUCCCUGUCGGGAAACUCGCUCUCUACACUGCUUGUGGGGGCGUCCAUCCCCAACAUUGCCUACCUGUCCUUUUGGAUGUCGGCACGGACAAUGAGGCCCUCCUGAACGAUCCGCUCUACAUUGGCCUGAAGCACAAGAGAGUUCGUGGGAAACAGUACGACAGCCUGAUUGAUGAGUUUAUGCAAGCAGUUGCCAACAAGUAUGGGAUGAAUUGCCUCAUUCAGUUUGAAGACUUUGCCAACGCCAACGCCUUCCGGCUUCUCAACAAAUACCGCGACAGAUAUUGCACGUUCAAUGAUGACAUUCAAGGAACUGCCUCUGUUGCAGUAGCUGGCAUCCUUGCAGCCUUGAGGAUCACAAAGAACAAGCUUUCUGACCACAAAUUCGUCUUCCAAGGAGCUGGAGAGGCGGCGAUGGGCAUAGCUCACCUGAUUGUGAUGGCCCUGGAGAAGGAAGGAAUUUCAAGGGGAGAAGCUAUCAAAAAAAUCUGGAUGGUGGACUCCAAGGGACUCAUUGUAAAGGGCAGAAGUCAUUUGAACCAUGAGAAGGAGAUGUUUGCUCAUGACCACCCCAACGUGAAGACCCUGGAGGAAGUGGUGAAGGCAGUAAAACCAACAGCCAUCAUUGGUGUGGCUGCUAUUGCUGGCGCUUUCUCUGAUCAGAUUCUGAAGGACAUGGGGUCUUUCAACAAGAGGCCGAUCGUGUUCGCCCUGAGCAACCCUACGAGCAAAGCAGAGUGCACUGCAGAACAGUGUUACCGCUUGACCGAGGGCCGAGGCAUAUUUGCGAGCGGGAGCCCAUUCUCCAAAGUGACCCUGCCAAAUGGACAGACCUUCUUCCCAGGCCAAGGGAACAACGCCUAUGUUUUCCCGGGAGUUGCCCUGGGAGUGAUCGCCUGUGGAGUCCGGCAUAUCUCCGAUGAUAUCUUUCUCGCCACAGCAGAGUCGAUCGCAGAAGAGGUCACUGAAGAGAAUCUUGCAGAAGGAAGGUUGUAUCCGCCUCUGAGCUCCAUUCGAGACGUCUCCUUAAAAAUCGCUGUCAAAGUUGUCGACUAUGCCUACAAAAACAACUUGGCCUCCUGGUACCCGGAACCGGAAGACAAAGAAGCCUUUGUCAAAUCCCUCAUCUACAGCCCUGACUAUGAUUCCUUCGCCAUGGAUAACUACCAGUGGCCGCAGGAAGCCAUGCAGACUCAAAACAUUUGAUGUUCCUCUCUCUCUCUUUCUCUUGGUCUUGAAGAGACUCUGAUCCUUGAGAUGCUCCCAUUUCUACCACCUCGGAUUUCAGUAGGUCUUCAAGCUUUUAGAUUCCUCAGCUAUAGAGGAAUCUUUCCUUGGUGCCAUUUUUCCUUUCUUCCUUUCUUUUCAAAGAAAAACACACAUAUACCUGAGCCGGAAAUGACGCAAAGUCAACAGGGGCCAUUUGCGUUCCCAAACAAAUGCACUGACACGUCGGGGUCAGCGCAAGAUGGCUCCAUCCUGUUGUCUUCCCUCUCUUAGUUUAAGCGCUUGCCACAAUUUUGGGGAAACUUUCUGCAGUGAGGACGCCAUCCCCCAAAAUGCCCCACAGCUCUGACAUAACCCCACCGCCCUUCCCAGUGUUAGUGCUUGGAGCUGAACUCCAGUAAACCCCACAAUAGCGGUGGCUGAGAGGCCUUACAAUUAGGGAUGUGGCCAAAUCUGUCAAUUUCACUUUCUUUUGAAUCUCCCCCCCCCCCUGCCAAUUCCUAAGCUGAGUUCUGCACAAUUCCACAUCAGUUUGUGACUUAAAAAAAAAAGGCCACACAGAAAUCCACCUUCUUUUUCCUGAUAUACACAUGCUUGUACGCAAUUUUGCCUUAUAUACGCAUUUCUGCUUUUGAUGCUUUUGAAUUAUGGUGCUGGAGGAGACUCUUGAGAGUCCCAUGGACCGCAAGAAGAUCAAACCUAUCCAUUCUGAAGGAAAUCAGCCCUGAGUGCUCCCUGGAAGGACAGAUCGUGAAGCUGAGGCUCCAAUACUUUGGCCACCUCAUGAGAAGAGAAGAAUCCUUGGAAAAGACCCUGAUGUUGGGAAAGAUUGAGGGCACUAGGAGAAGGGGACGACAGAGGACGAGAUGGUUGGACAGUGUUCUAGAAGCUACCAACAUGAGUCUGACCAAACUGCGGGAGGCAGUGCAAGACAGGAGUGCCUGGCGUGCUAUGGUCCAUGGGGUCACGAAGAGUUGGACACGACUAAACGACUAAACAACAACAACAGAAUGCAUUUUGUACCUUAUUUUAAUUGACGCAUGUUUUUAUGCACACCUUCUUCUGAUAUUGGUAUUCUUAUACACAUUGGUUGGUUGGUUGGUUGGUUGGUUGGUUGGUUGGUUGGUUGGUUCGUUGGUUCGUUGGUUGGAGCAGUGCACCACAAAACUCAAGAGAAGUGCAGAUUUUAAAAGGAUAGCUGUCUUUUUAGGUUAGGCGUUGAUUCAGGAAGUGAAUUUUUGGUAGCUUUCCAUUAAAAUGUGAACCAAAACAACUUUCUCCCCCUCCCAACCACAAAGCAAUUGCUGCUACUGCUGCAGUGAGUUGGGAGCUGUUCAUUCAGAUGACAAGCUGGAAGGCGUGCAGAAGAAGGCGACCAAGAUGAUCAAGGGUCUGGAAACCAAGCCUUAUGAGGAACGGUUGAGGGAGCUGGGUAUGUUUAGUGUGGAAAAGAGAAGAGAUACAAUAGCCAUCUUCAAAUAUCUCAAGCGCUGUCACAUGAAAGCUGGAGCAAGCUUGUUUUCUCCUGCUCUGGAGAGUAGGACACAAAGCAAUGGCUUCAAAGAGAUUCCAACUAAACCUCAGGAAUAACUUUCUGGCAGUCAGAGGUGUUCAGUAGUGCAACAGAUUCCCUUUUCUCACAAAUAAAAAGCAUUUAAUUCAGAUUUUGAGAUGCAAUUCUCUAACCAAAACAUGGCAUCUUUAUUAGGGGAAAGUGUGCACAGAUAUGCUUACAUUAGGGUAAAUGCAUUACAUUGCCCUUUCUUAACACCACUUUUGCAACCACUGCUAACAAGUUCUGUUGAAAAAGCAACUCUCGGCUGGUUCUGAGUGGAAACAGCAUCUGUUUCAGCUGCAGCAAAUACAGGCGAUCGCUUGCUGCUCUGCGCCAGCAGUCCCCUUUCCCCUUCAGAUUUGCCCUCAAUUCUCACACACAAAUAUCAUUUGGUACCAGGUCUUGCGAACCUUGGAGGAUUCAUUUGCAAGGCUGUCCUCGUGUCAGGAUACGUUCUGCAGAGUAUCAGAUACAACAAUGGUAUUUUAACCUCAGGGAGUAGAGUUUUAUUUUUAAAUGUUGUUUAUUUUACUUAAUGCAAGGCAGUACCCAAAGUAUCAUGGUGCUUGGAUUUGAUAGGAGGAAGCACGCAUUGAAAAAUUGCACAGAGCUUUUAUACCUGAUGCAGGAGUCCCUUUCGAAUAGUAUCGCUGGCCAUUCAUUCAAAAGUUUGCUAUCAAGGCUUUGUUCCAUAAUGAGAGCCCUGUUUAAUCAGAUCAAAGUUCCACCUAUCCAGCAUUCUGCUUUUAUAACUGUAGCCAAUCAGAUGCUAUCAAGAAGCCCAAUAAGCAGGGUGUGAAGGCAAUAGCCUCUCCCCCUGUUGUUGUUCCCUAGCAACAUCUACAAAGCUAAGCAGGUUCUGGCGUGGCUUCGAAUUGGAUGGGGUACCAUGUGUCGAGAUUCCUGCAUUCCAGGGGGUAGGGCUAGAGGACCCUCGGGGUCCCUUCCAAGUGUAUGAUUCUAUAACUGGUGUUAUUCAAUGGUAUUCUGUCCCGGAAAGUCAUAAACACUUCUGUCUUGAGCCCUGCCUUGGACACUAUUUCGUGGCACCAAAACCAAAAGAGAAUAAUUGUAGCAGCUGUUUCCGAGCCUGCUAAAUCUGAACCGAAGUUUUUGGCAUCUCCCCCCCCCCACAAGAGGAAUAAUAAAAUGGGCAGUGGGAAGGGAGAACAGGAGGGGAGGAAGCAUAAAUUCAGGAAACAGGAGAAAAUUUGGGGGAAAUUCAUGAGCACGGCAAAGAUGAACAGUGCCUGCAAGAGUGGCUUGUGUUCAUUUUGUGACCUUUUAAAGAUGUACGUUUUCCUGCCAACAGUAAUUGUCCUGCUCGCAGAAGUCUAGCACUUGCUCCGUUCUCCUUCAAUGCCACACUGGUAACAAUGCAACACCAGGACGCAGUGUUAUUCCAGAGGUAUUGUGCAAGUUAGGAGAGAGAUGGACCGUGGGGCAUUGUGGGAGAACAUGACAUUGUGGGAGAACAUGACAAGGCAGCUGCUGCAUGCAAAGUCACCCAAACAGUAUCCGUUAUUUUUUAAAGGAUAUGGAGGAAAUUUUCUGGUUCCCGCCCCCACCCCCAUCUGAACCACCCCACCCACUUUCACACCACCCACUUUCACACCACCUCCUUUUGCAGCCAUUGGCAGAGCAUUUGCAACUUAGCGCACUGACUCUCUGCUGACAUCUAAGUACCAAUAAUUGGUUCCAACUGGCAACAGGACUAGAAAUCUGGGUCUUUAAUCUUUAAAAAUGGAACCCUCCAAUAAUACAUUUGCAGGGAGCAGGAACAGAUAAUCGCUGUCCCUGGAGCUCCUCUUCUUGAGCUGAAGUUGCAGUCUGGGAAAUGGGACAUUUGGUCCCUGCAUUUCCUCCUGUUGGGACAGCUGGAGACCUCAGUUGGCUGGAGCUUGGUGCUGACCUCAAGGUUGCAGGUUCGAUUCCUGUAAGGGACAGCUGCACAUUCCUGCAUUGCAGGGGGCAGGACUUCCAGUUCAGGGUUCCUUCCAACUCUAUGAUUCUUGAAGGAUUACAAGUUUCUAGCUGCAUGAAUAAGAAUAGCUUUCAGAGUUAUAAAGACUCAUGUUACAGAAGACAGAGUACCAGUAUACAUCUGCCGUCAUAUGAAUUUGCAGGACUUCUAAAAGAGAACAUGAACUAUAGGCUAUUUUUAACACAAUAAAAGAAAUCAACCAGGGGUGAAUUAUAAUCACAGUGCAAUCGCCUUUUAAACUAAAUAGCAUCUCACCAGACCAAAUAACAGUGCUCUUAACUGCUUCUUUUAAAACCAGUACUAUUUUCUGCAAAUGCCAGGCUGAGGACAACAAAACCCUUUUGCUUCCCGGUGUGAUUGCGUUAAUUCUAAAUUUCUUUAAGUGCUAUGCCUGAAUUAGAACAUGAAUUAUAAGAAUACACACACACAUACACAUAGACACAUGGUGCUUCUGGCAUUUAAUAUGAAAAGGAAGAAGCUAUUUGCAGGUGCUUGUAAUGGCUGUAUGUGAUUGAGCUCACGGCAUGUCUGUUCUCAAGUCUGUAACUAUGAUUGGGGGUACUUGAAACGCAGAGUGAAAAUCAUCCUGAAAUAAUUCUGCCCCUGUGAACUUCCCAUUUGGUUUAUCAUUUACCUACUGUCAUCGUUUACCAGCUAAAACAGGGCUCAGCUAGGCUUACCGGGCAUGGGCCGGAUCACUCCCGCAGAGAUCCUCUGUGGGCUGGGCCGGCGCAGCACAAUACCGCAAAUCGCUUCUGUGCAUCCCCAGAUGAGACGCCGGAAAUCACGCCUGCACAGAAGCAAUUUUCAGCGUGUGGGCAUGUGCAGAAGCAAUUUCCGGUGCCACGGACAUGCACAGAGGCGAUUUCCAGCAUCUGGGCAUGCGCAGAAGCAAUUUCUGGAUCCGUGCAAGAGAGUCCCCGCGCCGCGCUGUGCAGGUUUAGCACAGCACGCUGGGGACACGCCAAGUGGGUGGCUCAGUUCGGGGGCGGCUCAUGGGCCAGUUAAGCGACCCUCAUGGGCCGCUUCCAGCCUAUGGGCCUUAGGUUGCUGGCUUCUGGGCUAAAGACUGUCAGUGCCACUUGAUGGAGGGCCUCAGCCCACCCAAAUUGUGGCACAACAGGGCUGCAUUCACACAUUCAGUGCAGCUUCUCCAUAUCUCCAUCCCAUCCAGCUGUGGCAUGUGUGUGCAAAUCGAGGGACAGGUAACAGUGCCAGUCAGGAAGCAAAGGCUCCUGCAGUUUUCCUGACCAUGACUGCUGCAUUCACACAUACAAAUGUAGAUGGUUGGAAUAGAUGACCCUCGGGAUCCCUUCCAAUUCUACAAUUCUGUGAUGACAGCCACGUAGGAUAGUGCCACAGAAAAGCUACUGCCACAUGGCUUGGUGAAGCGGGCACUGAGUUUAUUUGUGUUUUCUCUCCACAAACAGCUGGGUUUUCCUCAAUUACCCAUCACCAACCAUUCUUGCCACUGUCCUUUCAUCGAAUAGUGAUCUGAUAGAGACUGUUGGUCACGCUGCGUAUGUAAUCCUGCAUUAAAGCACUUAGAAUGUGUUGGUGUUUGUUUUAUUACUGAAAACCUCAGACAAAGAUGAAUGUGUUGGUUCUUAAAAGCUGUAAAGAAGCACAAGGCAGUGGCUGCCGGGAUAAUGAUUUUGUAACGCAACAGCUACAUGUAAGUAUGCUGUGCAUCUGCGCAAGUCUGUUAAAACUGAUUACAAAAAUGCAAUUAUGUCCAGUUUAAAUAUGACUUGCACCAGGAAUCUGCCACUGUCUGUAAACCUUGUCAGCUGAAAACAUAAUAAAAUGGUUUCUGUGUAAAUUUAGAAGCUUGGCUAAUAAUAUCUUCUGUUUUAAAUUGAUGAAUAAGUAAUUCAGUAAGCUUAAGGAACAGCUUGCCAACAUAGGUGAAAAGUAUUCAAGCAGCCAAAUGCUUUUGGUUUGGGAUGUAUGGGGUGUUAGGGGAGGGGUAGUAACUCUGGUGGAGGGACACCCCGUGCUCCUUCUGGAGUAGUUUGACCACCUUUGGUCCCCACCCUGCACUCAAGGUCUCACCUGUGGCUCCUAGAAGCCACCUGCAUGCCAACAGCAGCCACACUCUGGGAACGACUUUGACUGGUGGCUAAACCAGGUGAGGGUAGCCGAUGGGUCUCAAACCCUCGGUGAGUUAGGGACUUCCCCCGCAUGUGAAGACAGGCUCUGGCAGAUUGAGCAGACAAGACCAUGCGUGGGUCCAGCAGUCAAGAAGGUGGUUUCUGCACGUGCUGUAGAGGGAAGUGAGAGGUAGAUGGGGCUCAUCAACCUGGGAAGGAGAAGGAAAACUCUGAUCCUAAACCUCUGCUGCCUUGCAGGAUAUCUUCGGGAGAAGAAAAGGCUGAGGAAUAAACCCUACACAAAUCCAGAGUGGAGUCCCUAAAACGGUGGGAUGGCACUUUGUAUGCCAACUCCUGCAGCCAAGCUGGUGCCAAACCUAUACAUAGUUCUGCUUUCCUUUGGACCACAUAAGCAAGGCCAAGAGGUCUUGUUGUCUGGGCUGCCCAGAACCUCCAUGCAUCCUGCCCAGGCUUGCUUUUGGUCUGUUUUUGGUCUACUUUUGUUUUAUUUAUAUACAGUGGAACCUCGGUUUACGAAUUUUCGGUUUACGAAUGUCACGGACCCAUCUGGAACAGAUUAAUUCACUUUCCAUUACUUUCAAUGGGAAAGUUCGCUUCAGUUUAUGAACACUUCAGUUUAUGAACAGACUUCUGGAACCGAUUACACCCAUGCUUCGGGUUAAGUACCCUUCAGGUUGAGUACUCCGCGGACCCAUCUGGAACAGAUUCAUCCACUUUCCAUUACUUUCAAUGUGAAAGUUCGCUUCAGUUUAUGAACAGACUUCCAGAACCAAUUGUGUUCAUAAACCAAGGUACCACUGUACAACCCUUCAUCAAAAGAUCUCAUGGCAGUUCACAGAAUAAAAUACAAGAUAACACACACACAAAAAUAGGUCUAGCAUUCCUUAUUCUUGAUGUGUUAUGUUUGCACUGUACGUGCUUAUCUUUAGGUAAGUGAAUAAACUUGCAUGCCCUACAGAGGUUUGGACAUGAUUGAGCUGGUUCCACAGAAGCUUUCAGAACCAGACUUCUCACCCCAGAUGUUGCUGGAAGGCAUCUCCCAUCAGCUCCUGCAACUAUGAUCAGCGAGCCGUCAGGGAUGAUGGGAGUUGUAGUCCAACUAGAGCUGGAAGACACCAAGUGGGCUACCCCUGACUUAUGCAAUGGAACUUAUUUCCCACGAGGCCUGUUUGUCAUUCUGUGUGCAGUUGACGCAGGCUGGCUUUGUGCCUAAUGAACACAUUCAAUUUCUUCCCUCUGACUGUCUCGGGCUCUGAACAUCGUUGCCACAUGCACACAGGCAACAUUUCUCUUUUCAAGCCAUGUUUAUUUCUGCUCUACGCAUCCAAUUAGCCAGUGGCCUUGAUACCAAGGGUUGUAGCCAAGGUGCAAAGACGAUUGUGACUCCUCUGCGGGGGGGGGGGGACGACGACGACAACUUGAUCACAUGUGACCUGUUUUUCAGCAAAUUCUCACAAAGUCCUUAAAACCGCAAACAAAGAGCCUAGUCACAAUGCAGAAGGCAAAACAAAACAAAUUCGCUGGAGGAAGAAUAGUUUGACUGCCGAGCAAAGUGAUUCCAGAAGUGCCUCAAACACAGGUGAAACUCCUGUGCAAU